UAAAUAUUAUCAUGAUGUGCCAUUAUAAUUUGUUUAUCUUGUCGAAAAGUAAACUGCGAUAUGUUUGGACUUGACGGUUAUGCAGGUAUUUUCAAACGGCCGACACUUAUUUUACAUUCUUCAACAGCGAUGAUUUUAUUAAAAAACACAUUAUUUUGGUGCUGUGUGGUUUUGUGUUUUACCGGUGGGAAAAGCCAUGAUGCCUGUUUACCUUUUGAACUGAAGAAUUCAUGCCACACGAAGGAAAACCAGUCUGCUAUAGUAUGCAUGGGAGGAUUGCCAGAACAUUUUUACCAAACAAGUGAUUUUAUAAAAAUGGCAUCUUUGCAUUGUUGGCCCAACGAAUCUUUCGAUCCAUAUGACGUUCUCCCAUUUUUUCCAAAAAUCGAGAAAUUCACUUUAUCCAGAAGUGAAACUACAACAAUAUUGAAGGAUUUCCCCCCUUCAUCAACACUAAAGGAAUUAAAUAUCACAUUUACAUCUAUUGAAUUCUUGGAAGUCUCGGUGUUUUUAAAACUUAAUUCCUUAGAAGUGUUGGAUUUGAGACAUAAUAAAUUGAGAAUAUUUAAUCCGAGUUUUACAGCUGAUAUACGCAGUAUGGAGGCUAUUUAUCUCGCUGGAAAUCCUUAUUCUUGCGGAGAUAAUUUCUCGUGGAUAACAUUCGAAAACAGUACAUUUAAUAAAUUAGUAAAAGAUGUCGAUGAAAUGAUCUGCGGAACACAUCGAUUCAAUGGGAAACCUCUAAAACGAGUAAUGGAGAUUGUGGAGACUCUGAAGAGUGAAUGCCGUAUAAAAGUACCAGCCAACUGCACGUGCGUUUUGGAUCAUGUAAUUCGAGUUUCUAGACAUAAUUUGAGACCAAUGAUCAUAGUCAACUGUACACAUCAACAAAUGACGACACUACCUAGUCAAUUACCAAAUUCUACUACAACUUUAAUAAUGCGUGGAAAUAUGAUUUCUAAUCUUAGCGAAUUUAUUACGAAUGAGAGCUAUUCUAAACUUUUGAACGUGUAUUUGGACUAUAACAAUAUUUCAUCCAUAAAUACACUGUUUGUGUCUUCUUGGUUGACCACCUUUCGUGCUCUCAGUUUGAAAGGAAAUCAUUUAUCAGAGAUGCCUUUAUUUGCGUUAGAAAAUAUUUUUGAAAAGAAUCGUAACGUUGGUAAAUUCUUGUUGAGCGAGAAUCCGUGGAGAUGUGAUUGCGAGUUUACUCCAUUAUUUAAAAAUUUUUUGGUCACAUACAGAUCAAUCAUUAAAGAUGCAGGGAAUGUGAAAUGCGCAGCUGAAAGUGGCGACAAAAAUUCGUUGGUUUCGAUAAUUUCUCUUCAUCGUAAGAACCUCUGCAGUGAAAAAAUGUCCCAUUUAUCGUUCAUGAAUUUCCUGAGCAUAUGUUUCAGUAUUCUACUUUUCAUAUUGUUGACUGAUUUCGCCCGUAAUUAUUACAUGUAUAAAAAAUACAGUAAAUUACCCUGGAUUGCUAAAAAAUUACCUUUUUAAUUUGAAUUGAAAAACCAACUGUAUUACCUAUAUCAUAAUAAUAUGUAGGUAUACCUAUUCGAUAUUUGAUAUUUCUCAAGUACAUUAGGUCUACAUUAUAUUGAGUGAAAUAAAAGCAUAUUGUCAACUUUA